CAAGCACGGCGUCCGCGAUCCAAUAUGUCCGCAGUCUCACGAUAGAACGCGUUACUUUUCGGUAUAUUGUCGCAGGAGAGAGUCAGAGGAGAUAAUUCUGACGCGAACGGCUCAAGGCCGUUCCGUCCGUACGAGAAUCGUGGGAUCAGUGCCGCAUGCCCGCGAUUCGUCGGCGUGCGACACGAUCACGGAAGGAAUCAGGAGCAACACCGAGAGUAAGAGAACGAGAGGGACGGAGUGAGGAAGAGAGAGAGAGAGAGAGAGAGAGAGAGUGAGUAAGAACGAAGCGGGACGGAAAUCGAGAAGCGUCAACUCUGGUCAACUCGCAUCGGUGCGAUCCUAGACACGUUCUCGUGAGCUCGUUUCUACGGCAUCGAGAACUACUGGGUGCGACCGCGACGCGGGAUCAGCAACGGCUUUCGUGAGCCGUCGUCGACGACGCGGAGAGUGCGCGCGAAAUCGUGGGAUCGUCCACCGCGCCGCCGUCAUCCACCAGCAGCUCAUCAGGAUAACCGAGCUGACAACGUUUCCCAGAUGUCGAUCAUCAUCGUGUGGGACGAUUUGGUCACGAUUUGAGAUUCCGGAGCGGGCGCAUCGCGCAGCAUCGAAUCUAUGAGAAGAAUACAGGGGGUAUGAAUUGUAGUGAUAGUCAAGAUGUCAAGCGACAGCGAUAAUACUUGUUUAAUACGUCAUCAUAAUCACAAACGCAAGAAAAUUGUCAUUAGGGACAGUGAUAGCAGCGAUGAAUCUGUUAUUGUACAAAUUCGAAGAAAGAAGAAACUUAGAGUCGUUAGCGAAGGAGAAAGCAGCAGCGAUAGUGAUGUACCUAAGCCUGUGAUUAGACGACAAAACCAUAGAGUUAUUAGUGACGAAUCUAAUAGUAGCGAGGAAAGCAGAUCCACGCAUAUUACAGAUAGUAGUACAUCCGAAUGGGAAAGUGAUUGGACUAGUUCAGAUGAAUCAAGUGGUGAUAACCAUAAAUAUACUGCUAAGCGUAAAGUUUUAUCUAAAAGUAAAAGUGAGAAUGCCAAUAAACCUGGUUCCUCUUCAUUAACUAAUGCCAACGCUAACUCUGAUAGCAGUGAUGAUCAGUCGGAAAAAUGUCCUAUAUGUCUGCUACCAUUUAGAAAACAGCAAGUUGGUAUCCCAUCUGAAUGCGAUCAUUGCUUCUGUUUAGAAUGUUUGUUAGAAUGGAGUAAAAACAUCAACACUUGCCCAGUGGAUCGUACAUCCUUCACUACAAUUGUUGUUAGAAGUCAUUUUGACGGCGAGAUCAUAAAUCAUUUACCAGUAGAAGCUGUGCCGCGUAUUGAGAAUCAACCAGCAGAUGAUCCAACUUUUUGUGAAAUAUGUCAUCAAAGUGAUAGAGAGGAUCGAAUGUUACUUUGUGACAAUUGCGACCGCGGCUAUCAUAUGGAAUGUUUAACACCCCCAAUAACUACAGUUCCCAUUGAAGAAUGGUAUUGUCCUGGGUGUACCGAAAGCAGCUCGACUAGACGAUCGUAUUUGUCGAGUUUUGUGCCAACUCUUAUAACAACGGGGAGAAAUACUAGACGUUUCUUUGAUGAAUUAGGAACGAACUUAAAUAUAUUCCGUAAUAUACUUCCUCAUGUCAAUGAUCGUAUGUAUCUACCUACCAGACGCGUUUCCAGAGUCAAUUCUAGGCGCAAUCAUAAUCGAACAGAUGAGCAAUGUAUUGAUCCAAACCAGCCGUCAACUUCGUCCGGCCUUGAUUCGAUUGGUGACAAUAGCCGAAGUCGCUCUCCAAACACAAGCCUAGAAGGUAACGCUUCUUCCACGCGUUUGAAUACAAAGUCUAAGACCAAAAUGUCGAAAAGGAAAAAGAAAAAAACCAAGAAUUCGAAAAAGAAAACCGGCAGUAAUUUAUUUCGAGAAGUGCGAAUUAAAGAACUCAACAAUGACGGCGAAGAGGAAGAAAUAGUGACGUAUGUCAAAAUUGCAUCAUCCACGUCAAGGAGGAAGUGUAAGAAAAGUACAAAAAAAACCGGCAAGUUAUUAUUUCUCCAGAGGAGAAAAUACAAGCGACGUGCGCGCAUUCGAGCGUCCAUGCUGAGUACACGAACAGUAAAAAGAAGAUUGGCCUCUACACUCGGUAUGCAGAAAUCGAAGAUGCCGCAGCUUGUACCUGUCAUGAAAAAUAACAUCUCUAUACCUGAGAAAAGCAUUCUCAUAAAUGCCAGACACAGCGCUGGUAUAGCUCAAGUCAGUCUCUUUGGAAAUAAUCUGGGAUUAGAUUACAGUCCACCUGGAUCGGACUAUGACGAUGAAGAUUCCAUUGGAAUUGGAAGUGGUCCUAUGAUAAACGUACGACAACGACGAUCAGCGAUGCCGUCGAUCAGACGCCGCGCUAUUUUAAAAACUAUGGUUGAUCCAGUUAACGAAGUAGAUAAUACUAGUAUAACAGAUCUACUGAGCAGUAUAAUGAGCAAUCAGGAACUGUGGCAUUCAUCCAAGAAGAAGACGGAUGUGAUCCUGAAGGCUGACGGCACGUUGUUUGUGAAAAAUCUUGAAAAGGAAAACAAACAUAGUAUCAAUAACAAUGAGAGUCCGAAGAAGGAGAAGCGGGAUAAGGAAGAAGUCACGCAACAUGAGGAGGCAAUCCUGAAAAAGGUGGACACACCAUUGGAUUUGUCUAGUAUUAACUCUAGUGAUAUUACGCAGGCGCCAAUGUACAACAAUCCCUGUGGCGGUAGUGGUGGUGGUAAUAGAGGCAACUUCCGGGGUUAUGGUCGUGAUAACGGUCGACACGGCGGCCACGGAGGGCAGACCUACGGCGGUGGCCGGGAUUCACUACCACCAAGCGGUGGUGGCAGGCAUAAUUAUAGCGGCGGGACCGGCGGUGGUGGUCCGCGGGACAACUUUGGAAAUCGCGAUUUUGGUCCGCCGCCGUUCUACAAUCCAAAUUUUGAGCACUGUGGCGGACCACCCAUGUUUGGUGCCCACGCGCCACCGCCGCCGUUCCGUAACCGCAAUCCUCAGCAUUUCCGCAACGAACGGAUGCGUUUUCCGCCGCCACCACCACCCAGCGAACGACCGUUUAAUUUUACGGACGGCAAUAGCGGCUUCGAUCAGAGGCCGCCGUUUCCGCACGUGACGGAUCGAUUCUCUAGACCUCCUCGGCUACCCCCGUUAGGCAUACCGCCUCCUGGUGCUCCGUCCGUUGCACCACCAAACGCACCGGAAACAAUAAAUAUGCAGCAGUCGGUACACAUGCACAACAAUCUGCCUCCGGUCAACCUGCCGGAAGAUAUGACGCGAAACUAUCAGCUACCAUCUGAGCAGAAUGAUCGCAUUGUGAUGCCGGAUCCCAUGUCCGGAUCACCUGUAAUUGCGUCACCCAUGGCUGUAUCACCUGCUGCACGACAAGACAACGAUGAUUGCGAUAUUUAUUGCGACAUUGAACCACUAGCCAAGUCUGAUUGCGAUACACAGGAAGAGCUUCACAAUAAUAGCUCGAUGAUUUUGUUGCCACCGCCAGAACCGCCGUCUGGUUUGCUGAAUUUUGAAGAAAACUCUAGAAGCGACAAGGACGACAGUGAGCAGGAACUGGUGAUUGACGAUAGUCAUAAGGAGGAAACGCCAAGAGAUCUGCCGAUAAGCGGCGACAAAUAUGAUCCGUUUGCAGCCGAUAGUGAUAGCAAUGACGAUGUAGCUACUCCAUUGAAAACGUUGGAAAAGACAGACAUGUUGCGAAACAGGAUAGACAGUUGUAAUAUACCUAUGCCAAGUGCGCCGCCGUUGGUCUCUGCGACUUAUCCUUCGUUGCCAACUGCCGCGACGACGACUCAAAGCAGAGAACAUGCACAGGAAUCCAUUCGGUUGACUGCGUACGAUGAUGAUGAUGAUAAUGACUCACAGUCGGACUGCCCAAAUUUUUCCAUCUACUCGUCGCAGACUAUGGACGUGGCUAGACAUACAGAACAGGAAUUGUCACAGCAGCUGGGAUCACUACAGCCGCCGCCGUUACCGCCCAACAUCCCUGAUGAUGAUGAUAUUAUUGUGGGAGACAUUCAAGCCUGCGAUCUACCGGAUUUGCCUCCUGAGCCGGCCGAUCCUUAUCUCGAGGCGUUGCAGAAGGAGCGUCAAACCUUAAGUAAGAUACCGCCGAAGAAGAUUUCGCAUGACUCGCAUCGUGGUAAGAUUACCUUCAAAAUCGGUAACAAAAUUAGACUUAAUAAUCGGCUGAGUGGCCUGCAGUUGGACGAUAAUUCGCAGAACAGUGUUCUUCAGAAAAAAACUACGAUGGCGUCAUCGAGUGACAAACAGCAACAAGAGCAAGAUAGCAAUAAAGAUGUCAGUUCGUCAAAAUCAGAGAUUGAAUCCACAGUCGUACAAUCGUCGAUAGCGUUGGACCAGUUUAUUAAAAUAGGACCACAAAUUGCUGAAGAAGAAGAAGAAGAAGAAGAGGAAAAAGAAGAAGAUACGGAGUUGGAGCCCGUUUCAGAGAGUCCGAAAAAGAAAGAGUCAUUUAAACUUGAUAGUCAACGCGGAAGCAAAGAAUUCCGUUCCGAGAACUCGUCGGAUGAAGAAGCUACAAUAGUUGAUGAGAGACUGAAACAUGUCGAUGCUUCAUCCAAUAAGAAGGAAGAGGAAGACAAUGAACAAGAAGUGCAAUCGGCGGCGGCAAAUACCACACCACAAGAGACCAUAGCGGUCACGGAAAGCGCAAUGUCAUCGCCCACUCUUGACAUGGCUCGGUUAUCACCAAGAAAAUUCGACAGCAGCGAGCUGAGUAUUGAAUGCAGUUCAGAAGACUUGGAAGGUGGUGACACGACAAACAAAACCAUGUUAUCUCGUUCAAAUACCGAGAUGCAAGGUGAGAUGACUGCAGACGACUCGCAAGAGCGAGAGUCGAGCAGUGAUGACGAGCGUUCAUCGAGCAGCCAUAAACUUGCCAAAGCGAAUGAUAAUAAGGACGACAAGGACGAUGAUAAAGCGUCGAGCGACAAUGAGGAUCCAAAUUUAUCGGAUCAACGACACGAGAAGGAAAGUUUCUCGACGGUAGAUGAUGAAGUAGAGCAAUUCCCGAUCGAGAAGGACAAGAUAAACGAGCCACCUGUACCUACCACUUUCGAUAACAAUUGGGACUCGGAUGGCGCUUACACACCUUGCAAAGACGAAUUGCCCUUGAGGGAUGAGAAUACGCCGGUGGAGCGAUGUAUGCCGUUCGAGGCCGGCUUGGAGCCUAUCACACCGACGAAGGACAAAACAAAUGACGAUCUGGAUGACUGCAGAUCACUGACUGGUUACGCUGAGCUGGGCACUGAGGCUAUCUCCGAAACUGACGACGCGAUAAAUUUCGAGGAGGAAUUGAUCGCCUUGGCAUUACGUAAAGAGAGAGAGAAAGAGAUGGAGGAUGGCGAGAUAUUAGAUGAGAGUAAACUGGAGACGAAGGAGCGUGAAAAAUUCAGAGAGGAUAAAGAAGACGGUAAAAAGAAGAGGAAAAAGGACAAAAAGGAAAAGAGCAAGGAGAGCACGGAGAAAAACAAAGAGAACAUUUCAUCAGAUAAUCUGGUCUCUUGGAAGAAACUUUCAAAAAAUACAAAGGACAGGCCAUACCGCGAUAAGGAUAAACGGUCUAAGUCGAAGGAGAGGGAAAGAGAAAAGGACAAGUCUUCUAAGAAAAAGACAAAGGAAAUUAGUAAAAAGAAGGAGAAGAGAAAAGAAUUGCCGCGAUAUGAUGUAAGAAAGAUCGUGGCUGAGAAACCGUCACGACCGAGAAAGGAUGAGUAUGGCAGGGACAUCAGGGAGAAGUCACGAAGCAGAUCGAGAAGUCGUUCGUCGAACAGAAUUCAAUUGAGAGUCUCAAAGGAUCGACGAAGUCAAUCGUAUUUGAAGGGACGAUCGAAGAGUAGGUCCCGUCUCCGAUUAUCCUGGUCAAGAGAUCGUGGCCAAUCGUAUUCCAAAUCAUGCCGUUCCAAUUCACGCAAAAGAUCGUCGUCUCAUAUCAGACGCAAGUCGCGAAGGCGAUCUCUAUCGAGACGGUAUUCCAUAUCGCGUAGAAGAUCGCGUUCGCUGUCUCGCAAGCGGCGAUCGUUGUCGCCUAGACGACGUAGGCGAUCACUGUCGAGAUCGCGCGAUAAGCGGAAAGAGAAGACGAAGAAGUACAAGUCGCGCAGUCGCUCUAGGAACCGUAAGAGAUCACGCAGCAAGUCGCCGAAGAGGACGUCCAAGGCACGCGAGAAGAAGCACGGCAAGAGGAAGGCGCACAGUCGGUCGCGGUCGAAGGCCAGAUCAAUCUCGCGAGAGCGGGAUCGUAACAGGAACUGGGAACAGCUGAAUGAGAGAAAGAGUGUGGAGCAGGAGCAGCAGUUUCCACGCGAGCGUGAAGAGCGCGAGCGUUCGUGGAGCGCGCAGUGGACGCCUUCCUGGUCGCGUUCGAGAUCGAAGACACCACCGCAUAUCCAGCAGGAGCCAAUCGGGGCGCGAAAUUGGUCACCACCAUCUGUACUGGAUAACGUGUCGCCAAAGAAUCUGACUGUCAUAUUAACGAACAAGGAAGCGAUAAAGAAGAAGAAGAAGGAACGGCGGAAAGAGAGUCGGAAGUCCAAGGAGGCGGAGAAACGGCGAAAGAACAAACGCAACAGGACUCCACCGCCGUCGAAAGAAGUAUUUGCUAGCGGUGACAAUAUACUGGUUAGCGUAUGCUUCAACAAAGACAACGAGACGAAUCCGUUGUCCUUACCGUUAGAGUUACCAACUACUAUUCCAUUGUCACCUCCAAUAAAACGUCGUCGAAGAGAGUCCGUUCAGACGGAGACUACGCCUUCCACGAAACGAUCCAAGAAAGAUAAGACGAAAGAUAAGCGAUCGAAGUCACCGAAGGCGAAGAAGGAUAAGAAGAAGAAAUCCAAGGCGGCAGAGAUCGCAGCGACGAAGAAACCCGUGGCCGUGAUCGAUCUGGAUCAAUCGCCGUUCCGCGAACAAACGCCAUCGCCUCGCGACGUUAUAGUACUGAGCGACGAUGAUGACAAGCAGGUACAGGAAACGCUUGCUGCAUCGCCGGAACAAUGCCCACCGUCGCAGGCAUCACCACCGCGUGAGCAGUUUAUCUCGCAAGGUCCUAAAACGCCGCCGGAGCCGCAGAUCAAAUUCUCCAUAAACAAGCAGCCCAGCAAUCUUAGACCGUCCCUGAUAAAUCCGCUAUUGGAAGAGGAAGAAGAAGAGGAAGAGGAGGAGGAAGAAGAAGAGAUGAUGGACGAGCGAGCCGAAGAGGAGCUAGAGAUGCGAGCGCAAGAGGAAUUGGAGCUGCGUCUCAAGAUCGGCCCCAACACACCUCCUGAGCCACCAACAUCUCCGCCAACUUCUCCGGACGCUUACGAUCCCUUUGACCCAACUAAAUCUCGUUCACCAACGCCGGACGCCAGCCAAGAAGCAACGCCAAACGACGAGCAUGACCGAGCGCAGCGCAACUCGCCAAGGAAGCACGAUGGAGCUGCGGACACUCCGUUGCCAUUGGACGAGCCCAGUCAACAGCAAGAACAACCUCCUCAGGAGAAGCCAAUAGAGAAGCCAAAGAUAAUAUCGAUAGUGACUAUCAAGAGACCAUCACCUCAGAGAGAUGUUUCCGCGUCUCCAGUGCCAGAGAGCCAGACUGACGUAACCCAAUCAUGCAGCAAUAGUCCGCCCAAGACCCAGCAGAACCCGCAAAAUGUGCAAUCAACUGUCAAUCCGUUUAGUACUAUCAAUCCUGUCUUAGCGACGGUAGCGGCCGCAGUGCAGAGAAGCUUCAAUACUAGCAACACGUCUAAUCCCGCACAAAGAACUCUGUUGCAGCCUAAUCGCAUCUCGCCGAGCAAUCAGAUAAAGCAACGCACAAACGACAGACCGCAGCUUCCUAAUGUGUUUGCAAAUUCUGCGAAGUCAUCCACUUUGCCGCGAUCUUCCAAAUCCACUCAGAAUAAAAACAGCUCGACGGUAGGGCAGAACGGAAACGAUGCGACCAUAGAUAUGACGAACGACAAUAUCAUCGACAUGUCGUCCCCUUAUUCACCGGGAUCGACCCUGAGUGAUAGCCUGUUCGAUCCACCUAGUCCUGUCAACUUUAAUAACUCACCCGUUGCAAAUGCACCACCACCUGCCGCUGUUAAAACCAGCGGCACACCGAAGACCAACAAGAGUGCGGAGAAGAAAGAUCCGUUCGACGCGUUAUUCGGUGGAAUACUGCCUCCAAUUAAGACUGUAACCAAAAACAGAAUUAAAAAGGUUACUAAGGAAAAGGCGAAGAAGUCUACCAAUCCUAAGGUUGGCGUACGCAUGGACGAGAAUCAGCUUCAAAUUCUGGACGAUCUUCCUAGCUCUGCCGUAGAAAUGCAAGUUAAAGAUAAGUUUCUUAAAAAACUAAACCGACAAGAGAGAGUCGUAGAAGAAGUGAAAUUGGUUCUCAAACCCCAUUAUACCAAAAAGCACAUCACAAAAGAGGAAUACAAAGACAUCAUGCGCAAAGCAGUACCUAAGAUAUGCCAUAAUAAGACAGGUGAAAUUAAUCCUAAAAAGAUAGCCCAUCUAAUAGAAGCGUACGUAAAGAAAUGUCGAAAUAACAAGAAGAAGACUUCUGGUAAAUUAACGAAACCUACGUAA